AUGCUCUCCAAAAUACUGGCUAAUAGACUGGCGGCCGUGCUACCAAAGCUUAUCUCUCCAGACCAAGUAGGUUUUGUCGCAGGCAGAUCUGCGGUCACUAAUGUUCGAAAGAUUAUUUUGGCCUUGGAGGGCCAUCGCCUCUCUAAGCCUCCCUCGCAUCCAUUGGCUCUCUUAACGCUGGAUGCGGAGAAGGCUUUUGACAAUGUUAAUUGGCGAUGGCUCUCCAUGAUAGCUAAAUGGGCUACCCUUCUUCAGGUCUCGCAAGAAGAUGUGGAUCAGUUGCUGCUCCAGGGAUGGCUGAACCUUAGGAGAGCCAUUGCCAGCGAGUCUUGGAGGGAAACCCAGUUCAAACUAAUCCACAGAGCAUACUACGCCUUUAAUAUUCACUAUAAGAACCCUCCCCCAGACUGGCUGACGUCUUGUCCCAAAUGCCAAGUUGCCUCACCGGAUUUGGACCACCUCAUCUGGCUAUGCUCCCUCAUUCACGCUUUUUGGAGCACAGUCCUCGCCUACAUGCAAUCUAUUUCUGGCACUCACAGGCCCCUACACCCGGCAUUAUGCCUAUUUCACAUGACCACCCCGACCGCCACCGCCGCGCCUCGAGAUCCUUCUAGGUGGGAACACUUAAUGAUGCUUGCGGCAAAAAAAGCGAUCCUGACAAACUGGCUGACGCCGGCUCCUCCCUCACUGAAAUUAACGAAAGACCUCUUACAUAAACUGAUGUCUCUGGACCUACUAGACGCACAACUCAAUCAACCCCUCACUGCGGGCUUUUUCACCACCUGGUCCUCCUUCAUAAUAGCCGAACUCUCCUUAACCCGACUGAAAGAGAUUAUGAUUUUAUCCACGGAGGUACUACGCAGAUACAUGGCAAACAAAACAACAAGGCCUAAUGAAUUCACAUUGCUAGGACUGACUGAUAAUCCUAAGAGUCAGGUUAUCCUAUUUGUGUUCUUCUUGAUAGUUUAUAUUCUCACAAUUCUAGGAAAUUCUCUGUUGGUCAUCACAAUUACAUUGUCUACAUCUCUUCAUACUCCAAUGUACUUCUUCCUGCGAAAUCUUUCAGUUGUAGAUAUUUCCUUCUCCACGUCCACAGUCCCAAAGCUGUUGUCAGACUUUUUAUCAGACAUAAAAAAAAUUUCCUUCUUUGGCUGUGUGGCCCAACUCUACUCUUUUAUAUCCUUUGGGGGAGUUGAAUGCAUUCUACUUGUUGCUAUGGCAGGCGACCGCUAUGUGGCUAUAUGCAUGCCCCUACUUUAUUCUAAAGUAAUGAGCUGGAAGAUAUGUACAAUCAUGACUACAACAUGUUGGAUACUUGCUCUAUUAAAUUCUCUUGCCCAUACUGUCUUCACAUUCCGGCUACCGUUCUGCAAAUCUAGAGUUCUAAACCACUUCUUUUGUGAUAUCCCACCACUCCUGGCCUUGUCCUGUGCUGAUACAACCAUUAAUGAAAUUGUGGUGUAUACUGCUGGAGGGUCUGUAAUCAUGGGGUCCUGUUUGUUAACGCUUACAUCAUAUAUUUUUAUUGUUAGAGCAAUUUUAAAAAUCCGGACAGCUUCAGGAAGACUGAAAGCAUUUUCAACUUGUGCCUCUCAUUUGGCAGUAGUGACACUUUAUUUCGGAACAAUUGUCUUCACAUACAUACGUCCUACAUCUACCUAUUCUCUUGACCAAGACAGGGUUGUUCCAGUUCUGUAUGGUAUUAUUACUCCUAUGCUAAACCCAAUCAUAUAUAGCUUUAGAAAUAAAGAUGUGCAUAGAGCAAUAACAAAAGUCAUUUUAAGACGUCACCAAUCAACUGCACAAUAA